AUGAGGAGGCGGGCUACAUAUAUCACUGACCCCAGUCUCGCUGUCAACCCAAAGGACAUCCAGGUCGACGGAAGGCAGUUCCUUCUUGGCGCCAUCAAAGCAGCUCGAGAAGAGAGACUGACUCUGGGGCUGAGUGAGUUACCCAAGGAGGUGGUUGAAAUCUUACAAGAAUCCUAUGAGUUUCACAUUCGUUGGGCUCCUGAGCAUCUUUUCACUACAGUAACGCCAUUCCUUUCCAGAAUCUCCCCAGGCCUCCAUCUCUUCUAUACCCCAUUAAAGGAGAGCCAGCAGGAUCGACUGUGUAGCUUAAUCCACAAAGUCUUUGGCCAGAGUCUCCGCUGUGAAUCCCCUCAGACAUCAUUCAUCAGCCCGCCCUUGGUCUCGGAGCGUUUUGCCCAGACGGCUUCCCAUCAAUAUUAUUCUCCACUGCCCUCCAUCCAAGGCCUGGUCUCGUACUUGCAACGCAAUGUAUGCUCUCCUUCUGAUCUGACCUGCCUACACUCGGCGUCUCUGAUCAAUAUUGCCGACUCUGUCGACCUAGACUACGACAGCAUCUCGCAUGCUUUGACUUUAACAGCCUUCUGGUCCAAACAGCCAGAAGUAUUCUACGAUCCAAUCGGGGAGUUCACUACCUUCGAUGCCUGGAACAUUGACAUCCAGUCAAAGCCCGCUGACAAGGUUGAAAUCGGUCUUCUCAGCCCUGAUCCGGCUCAGGAUCCAUCAGAGCUCUCACUUUCAGGUUUCUUGACCGUGGUUGGAGAGGAUCACAAGCCAAAAGCGACCUUAUUCAGCUUCCCUUCUCGGCACCAUGCUCUGGGCCCGGAACAGUCAAAGGAACAGAAAUAUCAAGUUUCAUUCGACCACCCCACGGGGUUGCAUCCCAUACUGCGAAUUUCGUUCCCUUCGUCCACCUCACUCGUCGAGCCAAACAAUAAGCCCCCAGGCAGUACCUGCGCUUUACAAACAUAUCUAACCUUGCCAUCACACAUAUUCGCUGACAAGUACGCCUUCCUCAGUAAUGACCCCCUAUUCCAGAAAUCCCAUCGUCUCGGUCAACUGCACAUGAUCGCAGGCGAGACUGAUCUCGAAGCACCCGACUAUGUGGUCGAGAAAUGGGGCUCAACACUCCUGCUUGACAUCCAAGCUCCCGAUCAAGCCAGCUUAGACUCCGGCAACAGCAACUCCUCAUGGGACGUAACGAUUCCGCUGCACCUGCGAUAUCUGGUUCCACAAGCUGGUGGGCUCACCGAAGCCUCGCUACCAUGGCCGAUCGUGUUCUGGGCAUGCACCGCCGAGGAAGGCACGAGAUUCUCAGUCAACCCGUUCGACCGCACACAACUUGGAUUCGAAGGGCUGUUUGGUCCACGCACCAUGUUCUACCACCUCGACCCGUUUUCCACUAAUUCAACAGCCAGGCUGGUCGAAAAGAUCGAAAUCCCCGUGCUGAACACGGAAACCGCAUCCUCCAAGACCAUCGAGGGAGUCACCAUACUCACAAUCGUUCUCGGGUUCCUGUGGGUGCUCUGGAAACUGAGUCCUGCGCUGCUCGGUCGCGUUCCUACUUCUGGAGAGAAAGCAAUCUCCAAGGCGAGGAAAAAGCAAUGA